UGUUUAUCAUAGAGUAUUAGUCAUAUAACACCACCAAAAAAAAACACACACAAAAUAUGUUUAAAUAGUGUCUUAUAUUUGUAAAAAUAAAAUGAUAGAUGUAGUAUAAUUGUUGGACCACUCAAUCAACAAUAAUAACAAAAUGUUUAAAUAUUUUAUUUUAAUAUUAUUGUUAUCAGCAACAGUUUUCGGACAAAAUCUGCUUCAGCUCAGGGAUCAGGAAAAACAAUUAUUGGAUCAAUUGCUGGAUAAGAGCAAAUACGAUCAGCGUAUAGCACCGGUAGGCAUAUCGGAAAAUGGUACCCAAGGAGCUGUUACUGUUACCAUCAAUAUCUAUACCCGACUUGUUGAACAUAUAUGUACGGAAAAUCAGGAAUGGAAAGUACAGCUAACUUUCCGGCAACAAUGGGCCGAUCAACGACUCAAAUACGAUGACCGAACCAAUGGUAAACUACCGUUCCUGACACUGGAAGACAGUGACCGUUUGUGGACACCCGAUACGUUCAUAUCGAAUGCCCGAUCGACUGAAAUCAAUACCGAUCUCAAACCCAAUCGACUGAUCCGUAUCUAUCCAUCGGGUGAAGUAUUGUUCAGCACCCGUAUCACAUCCGUACUGACCUGUCCGAUGGAUUUACGCCAUUAUCCGUUUGAUCAGCAAAAAUGUCCCAUACAAUUGGCCAGUUAUGGUUAUACCACUAACGAUAUCGUCUACGUAUGGAAGUCUGAACAGCCGAUCCAAGUGUCGAAAAGUUUACACAAAAUAGCACCCGACUGGUCAUAUCUGGACAAUUACGAGACAACUAACUGUACUUCCAGUACACUUACAGGAAACUAUUCAUGCAUUAAGACUGACCUAUUGUUUGGCCGAAAUGCCGGCAAAUACGGCUGUCAAUGGUUUCUACCGACGGCUGUCCUCACGUUUGUCUCAUUCGUAUCGUUUCUGUUCAAACCUGAAAAGUCUACGCGCGUCAAAUUUUUGUUGGUCACACUCUUACUCCUGUACGUACACAUUGUCUACAUUAAUAGCCGAUCCCUGGCCAACGAUAUCAACUACAAUACAGCCAAAGAUUGUUGGACCAGUACUUGCCUGGUGUUUGUUUUGGCCACAUUUGUCGAGUAUGCCGUAGUACUGGCCAUCGGUAAACUAAAUAAACAUUGUCCGAAACACGGCGGCGGCGGCUGCGGCGGUACCAACACUGAUGCUAACGGUGCCGGCGGACGUAAUGGCAAAUCGGUUAACAAUUGCGAAGAAGGCGACGCUGUGGCACUGAAACCGUUGGUCACCGAUAACGACGAUUUGAAGACCAAAACAGUUGACGGCGCCGACGAUGAAGACACCAAAGAGCUGACCACUGGCGGCGGCGGCAGUUUACCGGCGGUCAACCCGUCGUGCAAUCGACGAUUGUAUGCCCAGAAAUGGCGUGACCUGUCGCUGGGCCGUCGUAUCGAUCUGUUGUCGGCCAUUAUUUUCCCGAAACUAUUCAUUGCCUAUAUUAUCAUAUUUUUUGUCUUCGAGACAAUGGCCUAAAAAACCAGACCAACCAACCGACCAACCAAUUGACUUAACUAUUGAUUUAUUAUUAAUUUGAUGUUUACUAUUAAUAUAAUAUUAUUUGAUAUUUUUUUUAAAAUUUAAUUAACUAUCAAAUAUUAUGACAA